GUGGCUGCGGGGGAGCUCUGGAGGCUUGUGGAGGAGCUUGGCUCUGCUGCUCCCCUGCUGUGUGUCUGCAACUGUGAAUGGACCUCUGUGAGCUUCUGCCUUUGGAAGAUGGAAUUACCGGGCCCAGAUCAUUGACCUGAUGAUGCUGGUCAUCGACGUGACCAAGGGGAUGCAGACGCAGUCAGCCGAGUGCCUGGUGAUCGGGCAGAUCGCCUGCCAGAAGCUGGUGGUGGUGCUGAACAAAACAGACCUCCUGGCCGAGGGGAAGAGGCAGGCAGCCAUUGAGAAGAUGACCAGGAAGAUGCAGAAGACCCUGGAGAACACCAAGUUCCGAGGCGCACCGAUCAUACCCGUGGCGGCCAGGCCUGGGGGGCCAGAGGCCCCCGAAACAGAAGCUCCGCAGGGCAUCUCCGAGCUCAUUGAGCUCCUGACGUCCCAGAUUCCUAUCCCAGCAAGAGACCCGUCGGGACCGUUCCUCAUGUCUGUGGACCACUGCUUCUCCAUCAAAGGCCAAGGCACGGUGAUGACAGGGACCAUCCUCUCAGGCUCCGUCAGCCUCGGCGACAGUGUGGAGAUCCCCGCCCUCAAGGCCUAGGGGUCAGAGGGAAGGGUCUCCUGACCAGGGAGGACCACCCAAAAGAAAACCCUCUUACAAGCCUGAGGCUGGCCAGGCUGCAGGGCUCCCUGGGGCCGUAGCAGGAGUGGAGGGCAAGGCCCUUCCCGUCUGAGUCCUGGGGUCCCCUGACACCAUGGGUUAUAGUCCCUCCACUUCUGGACGUUGUAGACCCUCCUCUGAAAGCCGUCAGUCCCGUAUCAAAUCCACGUUGCACCAGGGACCGAAAGUGCAAAUCUUAAAAAAUAAAGCACAAAAUUAUGAAAAUAAACUAUCCUUUUAUUUAACAAAA